UAAAAAAAUCCGGCUCUCUCACUGUGGAAGUGUGGUUCGUUGAGUACGUAUGCUUCUGCCUGCUAUUGACAUUCAGCGAGAAAUCGUAAAAUAAACUCAAAUAUCUGCCUGCAUUUGGUCGAAGUUUUACAAGUUUUGCCGAUUUGUCGGCAUUUCUGACAAACAUUUUCCUUGAUUAGAGAUUUUGUGAACUGUUUUAUUAGUGGUUCGCCUGUGUCUAAGGGACUUUCGGAACUUGUUUCCAAAUAAGGGUGUUCUGCACUUACAAAUCACUUUUGGUUAUUAGAUGGCAGCUCCGUGGCAGGCCCCAUCAGCACAGGGCCUGUAUGAUCCCUCAUUGGAGAGGGAAGCCUGCGGUGUCGGAUUUGUAGUAGCCAUUGAUGGAAGACGCGAUAGAAAAAUCGUGCGUGAUGCGCAACGUCUCGCUAUAUCUAUGAACCAUCGUGGGGCAUGCGCAUGCGACAAUGAUACUGGCGAUGGAGCUGGAGUACUUACUGCCAUUCCCCAUGACCUUUACGCCUCCAAGCUUAAGGACGAAGACAAUGUGCAACUGCCACCAUUUGAACGAUAUGCGACCGGAAUCAUUUAUGUGGACAAGCUUCACCACCAAGAAUCUGAGACUAAAUUUGGUGCCUUGGCAGAGGAAUUGGAUUUGUCCGUGUUGGCUUGGCGUACCGUACCAACCAAUAAUGCCGCCAUAGGCGCAGUUGCGAAAAACUCUGAACCUUUUAUGAGGCAGGUGUUUGUGGUGCCGAAAGCAGCACUAGAUAAUGCAUCUGAUGAGGAGUUAGAUCGUGUUAUCUUCGUAUUAAGAAAGAGAGCAAGCCACGAAAUUCCGGCUCCAACUAAGAGAUUUUACAUCUGUUCGUUGAGCCGGAGAAUUGUAGUCUAUAAAGGUCAGUUGACUUCAGAUCAACUAUGGACUUACUUUCCGGAUCUAACAGAUCCGCUUUACGACACCUACUUGGCUUUGGUGCAUACCCGAUUCAGUACGAAUACUUUCCCUAGCUGGGAAAGAGCACAUCCUUUAAGAAUGAUAGCCCACAAUGGAGAAAUCAACACCCUUCGCGGGAACGUAAAUUGCAUGAAAGCCAGAGAAGGCGUUAUGAAGAAUCAGAUAUUUGGCGAAAAACUGAAGCAAUUGUAUCCAGUUGUUGAACCCAAUCUAUCCGAUAGUGGAUCGGCUGAUUGUGUGCUGGAAUUUUUGGUUCAUGCCGGCCAAAGAAAACUGCCAGAAGCUGUGAUGACGAUGGUUCCGGAAGCAUGGCAAAAUGACCCGACGAUGCCGGAAGAGAAACGUAACUACUAUCACUGGGCAGCCUGCACAAUGGAGCCCUGGGAUGGGCCGGCUUUGAUUUCGUUUACCGAUGGGAGAUACAUCGGUGCUACUUUGGAUAGAAAUGGACUCCGACCCUCUAGGUUUUACAUCACCAAAGAUAACAUUAUGGUUAUGGCCAGCGAGGUGGGUGUAUAUGAUGUAGACCCAGCCAAUGUUAUUUUGAAGAGUCGUCUGAAACCCGGGAGAAUGCUGCUAGUCGACACUAAGGAGAAAUCUGUUAUUCAGGAUGUGGAACUGAAACAUUACAUUUCGCAAUCCAGACCUCAUGCAGAGUGGCUUAAAGAACAGAUGAUUUCAAUGGAUGAAUUGAGAAAAGCUCACUUGGAAGCUGGUUGUUCAGCCAAGCCAAAAUACGAGCCAAGUGGAUUGAGUGAUAAGCGACUACCAUUGUAUGGUUACUCCACUGAGACCAUUCAUAUACUGUUGUUACCCAUGAUCAACAAUAAAAAAGAAGCGCUUGGCAGUAUGGGCAAUGAUGCCCCUUUGGCAUGCCUCUCCAACUUUGCACCGCUGCUUUUCGAGUAUUUUAAGCAAUUAUUCGCCCAAGUGACCAACCCGCCUAUUGAUCCAUUCCGCGAAAAGGUUGUAAUGUCUCUUCAGUGUCCGAUUGGUCCAGAGGCCAACAUUUUAGAACCCAAUGCUAAGCAGGUUCACAGAUUUUGGUUGAAAAAUCCGGUAAUUUCUAUUGCGGACUUAGACGUGUUCAAAAAUAUCUCUCAUAGAAAUUGGUCGUCGCAUACUAUCGACAUUACAUUCCCUGUGGAGAGUGGGAUUGAAGGAUUCCUGAAAAAAUUGCAAGAAAUUUGCGAUCAAGCCAAUAAGGCAGCGAAAGCGAAUGAAUUGAUUAUUUUAUCUGAUCGACUGGCUGGCAAAAAUCGUGUUCCGAUUAGCAGUUUGCUGGCAUUAGGAGCAACUCAUCAUCAUCUAAUCGAAACUCGACGACGAAUGAAAGUGGCGCUCGUAAUUGAAAGUGCAGAAGUUAGAGAAGUGCACCACAUUUGCGUUCUACUGGGUUAUGGAGCUGAUGCGAUUUGCCCCUACUUAGCUCUAGAACUAGCAUCGAGCCUAAGAGACCAAGGAAUAUUGGAUACGAGCUUAACUGACGAAGCGAUUUAUCAAAACUAUGCACAGGCCAUGCAAACUGGAGUAAGCAAAGUUAUGGCAAAGAUGGGCAUCUCCACCUUGCAGUCCUACAAAGGGGCCCAGAUAUUUGAGGCUGUGGGUUUGGCAGAUGAGGUUAUUGAUCGAUGCUUCAAGGGAACACCAUCGAGACUCGGAGGAGUAACAUUGGAAAUGCUAGCGGCCGAAGCAUUAGUACGUCACAAAACUGCGUAUGAAGUGGGCUCCGAUUCGCUUGUUCUAAGGGAUGCUGGCAAAUACCAUUGGCGUGCUGGUGGUGAAAAACAUUUGAAUGAACCCGCUAGUAUUGCGUCCCUGCAAGAGUCUGCUGUGAACAAGAACAGAUCUGCCUACAAUCGAUUCGUUGAGUCGACAAUGCAGUCAGUGAGAGAUUGCAUGCUUAGAGGCCGAUUGGAGUUGAGAACUCUGGAUGAGCCAUUGCCAUUGAAUGAAAUCGAACCGGCAUCGGAAAUCGUUAAACGAUUUGCCACGGGAGCGAUGAGCUUUGGAUCCAUCAGUUUAGAAUCACAUCAGACUUUGGCGAUUGCAAUGAACAAGCUGGGCGGUAAAAGCAACACAGGAGAAGGUGGCGAAGACCCAGAAAGAUAUCUCGACAGUGAGAAAAGAUCAGCUAUUAAGCAAGUUGCUUCCGGACGAUUUGGGGUAACGUCUUCAUAUUUGGCACACGCUGAUGAUCUGCAAAUCAAGAUGGCACAAGGAGCUAAACCUGGAGAAGGCGGCGAACUGCCCGGCUAUAAAGUUACCGCUGAUAUUGCUAAAACUCGUCAUUCUGUCCCGGGGGUAGGGUUAAUUUCACCUCCUCCCCACCACGACAUCUAUUCAAUCGAAGAUUUAGCUGAACUUAUAUAUGAUUUGAAAUGCGCCAAUCCACAGGCUCGCAUUUCCGUUAAAUUGGUAUCUGAAGUAGGUGUAGGAGUGGUUGCUAGCGGUGUUGCGAAAGGAAAGGCGGAGCACAUUGUUGUUUCAGGUCAUGAUGGCGGCACCGGCGCCAGUUCCUGGACAGGCAUAAAAAAUGCCGGACUACCCUGGGAAUUGGGUAUUGCCGAAACGCAUCAAGUCUUAGUUUUGAAUAAUCUCCGAUCACGAAUUGUCUUGCAAGCUGAUGGACAAAUCAGAACUGGCUUUGAUGUGGUGGUUGCAGCCCUUUUAGGGGCGGAUGAGAUCGGCUUAAGCACCGCUCCUCUAAUAGUUAUGGGCUGUACCAUGAUGAGAAAAUGCCACCUAAACACUUGCCCAGUAGGAAUCGCCACUCAGGAUCCUGUACUUAGAAAGAAGUUUACUGGCCAUCCAGAACAUGUAGUCAACUAUCUUUUCAUGUUAGCUGAAGAGAUUCGGGAACACAUGGCAAAACUAGGCGUGAGAACCUACCAGGAAUUAAUUGGGAGAACUGAUUUGCUCAAACCGCUUGAAACCGGUACACCAAAGGCCAAGAUGCUGAACUUAAACCUCAUUUUACAAAAUGCAUUACACAUGCGACCAGGAGUGAACAUUAAAGGAGGGUCCAAAGGCCAAGACUUCCAGCUAGAGCAUCGAUUAGACAACCAACUCAUUGACCUAGCUAGGCCAGUGAUUGAAGGCACUCAAGACAGCGUCGAUAUAGAAAUGAAGAUCAAAAACGAAGAUCGAUGUUUCAGCUCCACACUAAGCUAUCACAUAUCUCUCAAAUACAACGAGGAAGGCUUGCCUGAUGGCAAAUCCGUUAAUAUCCGUCUCACUGGCUCUGCCGGUCAGAGUUUCGGAGCCUUCCUAGCAAAAGGAGUCUCUUUAAUUUUGGAAGGAGAUGCCAACGAUUAUGUGGGCAAAGGUCUCUCUGGUGGUUCCAUUGUAAUAUACCCACCGAAAACAUCGCCAUUCGAGUCCCAUUUAAAUGUUAUUGUAGGCAACGUCUGUUUAUAUGGCGCAACUUCUGGGUCGGCUUUCUUCAGAGGAAUCGCGUCUGAGAGAUUUGCCGUGAGAAAUUCUGGGGCUGUGGCGGUUGUCGAAGGAGUCGGCGAUCAUGGCUGUGAAUACAUGACUGGCGGAAUUAUUCUUAUUCUCGGUUUAACAGGGCGAAACUUUGCGGCUGGCAUGUCAGGCGGCAUUGCGUAUGUUUGGGACAUCGAUGGAAAGUUCUCAACAAAAUGCAACAUGGAAAUGGUCGAACUCUGCAAAUUGGAGGAUCGUGAUGAUGUGCUAUUAGUCAAGAAACUUCUAAAAGAAUUUGAAGAGUUAACUGGUAGUCUGGUGGCCACAAAGCUCAUCAAUGAAUUUGACUCCAGAAUGAAGGAGUUUGUCAAAGUCUUCCCAUAUGAAUAUCAACGAGCGCUUAAACAAAAUACAAUUGUCAAGCAGGCGACUACCCAAUCAAACGAACCGAAGAUCCUCGACAUCGAAGAUACAGUAGGCGACUCGCAUGAGCCCAGGAAAGCGGAGCGUGCUCUGGAUAAAGUUAGAGGUUUUAUGAAAUAUCAACGAGAGACUGGACUGUAUAGAUCUGCAGACAAACGCAUGAAAGACUGGGACGAAAUUUACAAUUUCCAACACGUGAGGAAAGGACUGAGAGUGCAGGCUGCCAGAUGUAUGGAAUGUGGUGUGCCAUUCUGCCAGUCUAACUCACACGGUUGUCCGCUUGGGAACAUAAUUCCCAAGUGGAAUUUGAUGGUGUUCCAGAACCAAUGGCGCCAAGCACUACAUCAUUUGCUUCAAACGAACAAUUUCCCGGAGUUCACUGGAAGAGUGUGUCCAGCACCGUGUGAAGGAGCUUGCGUUUUAGGAAUCUCCGAACCAAGCGUCACAAUAAAAAAUAUUGAAUGUGCCAUUAUCGAUCAUGCCUUCGACAACGGCUGGAUUGUACCUCAGAUACCAACAUCGAGAACGGGCAAAAAGGUAGUCGUGGUGGGUUCAGGACCAUCUGGUUUAGCUUGUGCACAUCAGCUGAAUAAAGCUGGAUAUAAUGUGACUGUGUUCGAGAGAAACGACAGGGUUGGUGGCCUGCUACAGUACGGUAUACCGACUAUGAAGCUGAGCAAGCAAGUAGUACAAAGACGAGUUGAUCUACUGACUGCGGAAGGCAUUGUUUUCAAGACCAACGUCAAUGUCGGAAGCGAUAUUUCUGCAAAGGAACUGAGCGAAGAAUUUGAUGCUGUCGUUUUGUGCACGGGAGCCACUUGGCCUCGAGAUCUGCCUUUGCCAGGACGCCAACUAAAUGGAAUUCAUUUCGCUAUGGAAUUUCUGGAAAGUUGGCAGAAGAAGCAAGGUGGAGCCAAUCACGACGGUCCGCAUGCUAAAGACAAGCAUGUAAUUGUGGUAGGAGGUGGAGAUACCGGUUGCGACUGCAUCGCAACUUCGCUUCGCCAGGGUGCAGCUUCAAUCACGACUUUCGAAAUUCUUCCACAACCUGGACCGAAUCGAUCCAACGACAAUCCGUGGCCACAGUGGCCGCGAGUCUUUAGAGUGGAUUACGGACAUGAAGAGGUCAAAGUGAGGUUUGGCUCAGAUCCUCGUGUGUUCAGUAUCAUGACUCAAGAGUUUUUGGAUGAUGGUAAUGGACAUGUCAAAGGGGUAAAGACUGUGAAUGUUGAAUGGGUGAAAGACGAAAGUGGCCGAUGGCAGAUGAACACCGUGCCAGGAAGUGAGAAAGUCUUCAAAGCAGAUCUGGUGCUGCUUGCAAUGGGCUUUUUAGGACCCGAGAGAGCGAUAGGAGACCAAUUGGAUCUGGAACUCGAUCCCAGAUCAAACUUCAGUGCCAACAAUUACAGAACGAACGUGAAUAACGUGUUUGCGGCCGGGGAUUGUCGAAGAGGACAAUCGUUGGUUGUCUGGGCGAUAUCUGAGGGCCGUCAAGCGGCUCGAGCUGUGGAUAUGUUUUUAAAUGAAGGCAAAACUACACUACCUGGUCCCGGAGGAAUCAUUCAACCCACAUUGCCGGUUAUAGAUUCUGUUGUUUAAGCAUUGAACACAUUAACGACAAAGUGUGUAUUAUAAUUUCUAUUUCUUCAGGUUGUAAGUUUGCACAACGAAAUUAUUUGAUUUGAGCAGUCCAAUGCAUGCAAACAUCUAUUUGGGUCGGUAUAACAAUAAACCCAUUUGUGGAGAUAUAAGAAUCGAUAGACCGGCAAAUAAAAAUAUUAAUGUAAGUGGUUGAUACAAGAUGCUUGUAACAGAGGCCUGAAUGUGUAUUAAUUCCUAUAAAGUUUGUGCCCUGAUGCUAUAAAUCCAAUACUUAACAAAAUUUCAGCAGGGUAAAACGAUAUUUUUAAUUGGGAAAGCCUACCUGAACUGCCUUUGCCUUUAAUCGGUGUUAUUUGUUAGAAGUAAUUCACAUUCAAAACGACUACUAUAGUUGGAAUAGUGGUGUUUAUAUUGUCCUUGUACCUAUUUACUGUAAAUUGAAUAAUUAGGGACAAUGGGAGCACGCGUACUUGGUUCAGGACGAUUGUCUAUGCGAUUUAAACCUUCCGCGAUUAAUAUUAAGUUUAGCUUUAAGAGGUUUACGUCAACUACAGUAAUAUUUUCUAAAUAUGACAUACCUGUAUUUGUUUUCUAGUUACUUAAAUAUCAAUAUUGCCAGUACUUGAAACACAGUUACUAUUUGCAGUGCUGCAUGCGAUUCCAUUUAAAAGUAACAAAUCGAAAGUAUAGCCUUAGUUAUUCAAGACAAUAACUUGUUGAAAUGUGAUGUAAAGUAACUAUUUAGGUGGAGCGCCAAAAUAGAACUAAAUCAAUAGGUGUUAAAUUAUGUUACUAAUUAUUAUUGUAGACUUUAGGGGUUCUAUACGUAAUCGAAAAAGUCUAAAUUCUUACAAUGUUUCUGUGUUAUUAAUGUGAGAUUGUUAAUUUUAGAAUUAAGGAUGAAUAUCCACAAAUUUGACCUUGGUUCGUCAGCAAAAACCUCAGAGAGUAUUAUUAAACAUUAUUCAGUGACCCUCCGAUUUUUAUCGAAUAUUUAUACUGAGCUGUUUCAUUUAAGAGUGCAACGGUGGGUGUGAUCAAAAGGGUCUCCAAAAUAAAACCCCACAAGGCUAAAGCAGAUAAUUCGCUUAAAUUCGGCACUUUGAUAAAUUGAACACAAACCCCAUAUCCAAAUUAUUUUUUGUAGUUGAAUUUCAUUGAAGAACUUGAUGAAAUCACAUAAAUAUCAAAAUUUACUGUUUGGUUUAAUAAAUUAUAUAUUGAUUCGCUACAUUAUAAGCUAAUAUGCGUUUUUCUGUAACAAAGUGGUCCAAUUACUUUCCUGAUAUUCGGUCAGCGUUUAGUUGAAGUUUCGAUAAUGGGGUUCCAAAUUUACUUUAAUUAUUUUAUCAUUUUCGGAGGUACAAUUAAUGUACUCGCGAAAAAUCCUGUAAGCAGUUGUGAGUUAAACAAGAAAGCAAAUGGAGAGCUGCAGAAAAGCUGGUGGGACUGAAUAUUUCUUUAAUAUAAAGUAUUUUAACUAUCAUGUUAAACCAUUUCUAUUAUUUUCCAAAGAAACCAGAUUGUUAGGUAUAUUUUCUCAACAUGAAAAAUUACAAUUACUGUAAUUUAUACUAUUUCUGCGUAGUGCGUUUUUCUUUAAUUGCAGAAUAAACUACUAUUAUGCAGUUGUGUUCUUAAAUGAGCCUCCUUGCAUGUAUUAUUAAAUUGUCCACAAUUCUAUAAGAUGCGAAUCAUUGCAUCUCUUAAACCCUAUUUUCUUGAGUAUUAGCUGAGUACUUAAUACCAAGCUAAAAACGCACAUUUGGUUAAACGAUGACUUAAUUAUACCAUACAGCUACGUAGGUACUCAAAUUAUUGGGUAAUGUAAUUUUAAUUUAACUGUGCGCCACUUAAGGACUUCAAAUCUAUUAUUGGUGCAAUUCAAAACGAUACUCUCGUAAGAUUUUUAAAGAUGUUUCACUGUUCAGAAGUAAUUAAUUGAGGUUGAUAAAAUCAUAGUCAAUAUAUUAAAUAGAUGUUGUUACUGCAUUA